CCUUUACCAUGUCAACCCUGCUAAAGGUGACUUCUCCGGCCUUUCAGCAACCACCUGCCAAAGUGAUUCCCAUAUCGACACAGCAGUUCCAGAAUUAAAUUUUUCCCGACAAGCGUACCGCAGCCUAUCUAAAAACGCACAACUGUUGUGACACAAUAAUUAAACGCACAUUAUUCAAUUCAAUCAAUCAGCCACUUGUUGCAAUUCCCAGCUGACAAAAUGAGCGAUGAACGAAAGACGCUGGCUAUUAAACUAUACGAAAUAAAUGCCUUCAAAUUUGGUGAUUUUAAGAUGAAGGUUGGCAUUAAUUCGCCUGUAUACUUUGAUUUACGCGUUAUUGUCAGCUAUCCACAAGUGAUGAAAACUGUCUCGGAUUUGAUUGCUGCCCAUAUCAAAGAGCAACAAUUGACGGCGAAACAUGUGUGCGGUGUGCCAUACACAGCACUACCUUUGGCCACGUUAGUAGCCGUACAACAGAAUACACCAAUGUUGGUGCGACGCAAAGAAGCAAAGGAUUAUGGUACCAAAAAACUUAUUGAAGGUCUCUACAAUGCCGGUGACACGUGUCUUAUCGUAGAAGAUGUUAUAACAUCAGGCUCAAGUGUAUUAGACACAGUGCGUGAUUUAGAGAAGGAGGGAAUCGUUGUAACUGAUGCUGUUGUUGUAGUAGAUCGUGAGCAAGGGGGUGCUGCCAAUAUAGCUAAGCAAAAGGUGCGCGUACACUCGUUAUUUACAUUGUCUUUCCUGUUGAAUACGCUGCAUGAAGCAGGAAAAAUUAAACACGACACUGUGGAUGCCGUUGCGCGUUAUAUAGCUGCCUCACAGAUUAAUAGCGAUGGAUCAUUUGUUAAUCCACAGAAGAAAGAUGGUGGCAACGAUUUCUCACGCACCAAACUCUCAUAUGAGCAACGAGCCACUUUAGCAAAAUCUGAAUUAGCCAAGCAGCUUUUCAAUUUGAUGGCCAGCAAGAAGACAAACCUUUGUCUUGCCGCUGAUCUUACUCAAUCCGAGGAAAUUCUAAAUAUUGCCGACAUAUGUGGACCCUAUAUAUGUGUGCUAAAGACUCACAUCGAUAUUGUCGAAGAUUUUAGCGAGGCAUUCGUUAAAAAUCUACGCGCUUUGGCAGACAAGCAUAAUUUCUUGCUCAUGGAGGAUCGCAAAUUUGCCGAUAUUGGCAAUACAGUAUCACUUCAAUAUGGUAAAGGCAUUUAUAAGGUUGCAAAUUGGGCGGAUUUGAUUACCGCGCAUGCAAUCACCGGUCGCAGCAUAUUGCAGGGACUCAAAGCUGGCGUCGCGGAUACCACUGCAGAAGUGCGUAAACGUGGCGUCUUCUUGCUUGCCGAGUUAUCUAAUUCUGGCACUUUAAUCGAUGUCAAAUAUUCGGAAGCAGCCAGCAAAAUUGCCACCGAAGGCGCAGACAUCGAUUUUGUAGCCGGCGUAGUGUGUCAAUCGGUAAAGUGUUUUGAUUUUCCCGGUUUGAUACAACUCACACCUGGCGUGAAAAUCGACGAUACCAGCGAUCAGUUGGGUCAACAAUAUCAAACACCUGAGCAUGUGGUGAAAGAACGUGGAGCAGAUAUUGGCGUUGUGGGGCGUGGAAUUUUACAAGCGAAAUCUGUUGAAAAGGCAGCGGCGCUGUAUCGUGAUCGUCUCUGGGCGGCAUACACUGAUCGCAUAGCGAAAUGAAGUGAAGCGAAUUAAUUGAAUUGCUUUCAUACCUCCUAGUUAUUAUAAAGCUAAAAAUUAUGUAAUUAAAACAACAUUCCUUUUAU